CUAUGGUGUGUGUGGAGCCUGUACCACUGCAACAGACCAUUUCAGUCAGCCAGAGUUCCCCUUCAAGAUUUGUUUGGUGAAGGCAUCUUGUGGGCUGUACCCAAGAAUCGCAGAAGCAGAGAGAAGAGAUUGACAAGGAAGUUUGGUUCAGAAACAGGCCAUAAGAAAAUGCUGCCAGUGUUGAAACUGCUUACAUGUAACAACUGUGGCCACGUUCAUGAACCUGGCCGUCUGUGUCCAAAUUGUUAUGGCAAAAUAAAAGAAGUGACAGAAGCCAUUCAGAAUGCCAUGAAUGCCACACACGGAUUGAAGCCAAUUGAAAAUGAUGUGUUUCCAGUUUUCAAAGGUGAAAAAAUCAACACUGAAGAUGGAUUCUUUGAGGGAAAACGUGUAAUAGAAGUCGAUAGAGAGCGUCCAAAGUGGUUUUCCCAACGACUUACCCAAAAGUCAAAUAUCACAAGUUCUUCAGAAACUUCCAUAGCAAAACCAACUCAUUUAGCAUGAUCAGUGAACCAUGACAAUUACAGAUUUAAUUUUGAAUGGUAAAACAGUUUUCUGUUUCUAUGAAUAAUUAUAUUGCCAUUUAUUUCAAAACUACACAGUAUGGAAAGAUUUAUGUAUAGUAAAGAUUUCAUGUAAAUAUACUUUUUAACAAUUAA